AUGCGCGUCGCAACCCGCAGACUUACGGUAGACGCGGUUGCCUUUCAGCCUUGCGCCCGUUUCCAUAACUCUGGAUCUAGACCCAAUAGAUCUACCUCCGGAUCGUCUCCGGAGCACCAGGAGGACGCGGUCAAGAAGGAGGAGGCCGGCUCUCUCGAGGCUGAUGCGCAGCCACCGUCUCCUCGCUAUAAAUGGCGGGGGCGUCAGCUAGACAUCCCCAGGCUUGCGCGGAGUCUGCCCAUGCAUGUGGACGCCCAGAACGGCGAGGCGCUCCAGGUCUCGUGGCACGACAAUAGCCUGUAUGUCGUAGACGAGAGCGAGAAGGGGUAUGAGUUCGAGGCCACGCAGCUGCGGGAUGGGUGCCAGUGCCCCAGGUGCGUCGAUCCGAGUUCCGGCCAGAAGUCGUUCGCCACUUCACAGGUGCCUACCUGGAUCAAGAUACAGCAUGUCGAGCAGACGGACGUCGGUGUUGUCGUCAGUACCUUUGGGGAUCUCUCCCACAGUACCGAAGACAGCCAUGUAAUCACCCUCACUUGGGAGUGGAUUCGGAACCACUUCUCCCGCGGCACGGAGCCCAUUAAUCCCAGAAUGUUCCAGCUCCAGCGUCGCUUCGGCCUUGAGCACUGGGACGCUGAUAUCAUCUCGAGAAAGGUCCGCAAGAUCGAUUACCACGAGUACAUGAAGGGUGAGGACGCCUUCUGGGACGUCGUCCAGGAUCUCGUCCGCCUGGGCAUCGUCUUCCUCAAGAACGUGCCCCGCGACGAGAACUCCAUUGUCGAGAUCACGACCCGCAUGGCAAACAUCCGCGAGACCUUCUACGGCCGCACCUUUGACGUCCGGGCCAAGCCGAACGCAGAGAACGUCGCCUACACGAGCGGCUACCUCGGCCUGCACCAGGACCUCCUCUAUCUCCAACCGCCUCCCAAGAUCCAGGUCCUGCACUGCAUGGAUAACUCCUGCAGCGGCGGCGAGUCUCUGUUCAGCGACGCGGACCGCGUCGGCCGCAUGAUGUGGGCGCUCCGCGACCAGGCGCCCAUCAAGAACCUCACCAAGACCAACGUCCUGUACGGCUACGAGAAGUACGGCCACCGGUACAUGCGCGCCCGCCAGGUCCUGAACGCCAACACGUCCUCGACCCAGAUCUACGGCGGCGUCUACUGGAGCCCGCCCUUCCAGAAGCCGUUCCGCGGAGCCCGGGACCUGAGCCGCUGGAUCGAGGGCGCGCAGAUCUUCGAGGCCCUGGUCAACGAGGAGUCGGCCAUGUACGAGACCAAGAUGGAGCCGGGGGAGGCCGUCUUCUUCGACAACAUGCGCGUGCUGCAUGGCCGCAAGGCGUUUGACGCCGCGGGCGGCGGCAGCCGAUGGCUCCGCGGGGCGUACAUCUCGCCCGAGGACUUCAUCAGCAGGGCGAGCUACGCGCCCGAGACGCAUGCGCAGCCGCUCUGGGCCCGCCGUGCGUUGUGGAAUCCCGGCGAGACGGAGGCCGAGCUGGUGGCCACGGACUGGUACACGCGGUUGUUGGAUAGGCUCCGCAGGAUACAGACGGAAAGCCGGGCAGAAGAGCUCAGGCUGGUUGAAAGAGCGAGGUCGCGGUUGCAGGAGCAAGGUCCUUCUUUCAAAUGA